CACCCCUCUCCUGUCUCUCCCUCUCUCUCUCUCGUUGCCCCUAACUCCCUUCCUUUAAUGAGACAUAGAGCGUAACACCCAUUUCUCUCUCUGUCUCUGCCUUGGAAGAGCCGGGGACUACCCUGAGUAUCUCCAUCUCCAAGCAAAAUGGAAUCUUUGGUAUACCUUCUUUAAUCCAGUGCUUUGAGGCCGCGAGGUGAGCAGAGGUAUAAAGAUGGGUUCUUGCGCUUCGGUUCAGAAGAAUCCGGACUCCGCCAUGGGAUUUCGACUGGGUUUAGGCUCCAAGGCCAAGAGAUUCUUCAUUCCCUCCCCUGCCAAAGAGAAGCCUUUGAAUGGUCAGAGCUCAGUUGGUGGAUUCGAUUUCAAGGACAACGUGGUGGACUCUGGAGUAGGUCUUAGAAGCCCAGAGUUUGCAGGUAGCAAAGAGGAGAUCUUCUUUGAUUCACGGGCAUGGUUAGACUCUGACUGUGAAGAUGAUUUCUACAGUGUCAAUGGAGAAUUUACUCCAUCUCGUGGCAGUACCCCAAAUCACCAGACAUGCACAGUUGCAACACCUCGACCGGACAAUGCUUUCUUUGUGGACAAAUUUCCUGACUCCAAAUCAGAACCUUCUCCAAUUGGUAGAAGAAAACUGGCUGACCUUCUCCAAGAAACAUCAAAUGGUGAGAAGGGUGUCAAUGAGCAAAAAGCUUCUGAAAAGAAAUUAGAAAUGAAUGGGAAGCCAGAUGAUUACCAAAUCAACCUUCACCAACCUCCAAAAUCAUUAGAUGGAACUCCCUGCUCUGGUGUCAAUUCUGUAUACAGCAAUGAGGCCACUCCAAAUAGAGACUCCAAGAACAGAAAAGAGAGGACAUGGAGAAAUGCACAUUGUUGCUUUCCAAGCUUGGUACAGAGUUUUGGUUUUUAUGAGAGGCAGAAAAUGAGCCCAGGACCCUGCACCGCCUGACGGCGCUAUCACUCUAUGAGAUGACUUUGGCCUUCAGCGGUCCACUGUUAGGUUGCUGCAACUUGAGCAACACUAUUAGGAUGUCCAAUCUGUAUUCCAGUGUUCAUAUAGAACCAGAAUAUUAGCCACUAAACAUCUGUUCCCUGGAUACUGCAGAAAGUGUUCGAUGGUGGAAAUUUGUAUUGAGAGAGAGAAUUGCAGAUGUCUUUUUAUGUUAAUGGUCAUCAAGUGCAUCGCUCAAAGCAGUGCAGGUAAUAUCGAUGAUCAGAAGAUCCUUGUACUGGGGAAGGAUGGAGGAAAACUAAUGAGCAUGCAGACUUGACUGUCCUUAGUAUUUGUACCUUAAACUCGGUAAUCCUAGAGGAAAAAUGUUCUCAGAGUUUGCUAAGAU